UUGGGUUCAGGAGAUACUAGAAAAUGAAACCUGCUCCUAAGUUUGGAGCACUUUCGAUCAAAAUGUCUUCCUGCAUGUUUGCUGAUAAUCAACAACCACCAACCUCUCCUUCAAGUUUCCAGACUAUUCAAAAUUCUCCAAAAAAGAAGAAGCGACGAAGCAACACAACUUACAAGCAUGUUCCUCAUAGUGCCAAACCAGUUCAGGUUGUUGCAAAAAGGAACGCAAGAGAACGCAAGAGGGUUCAGAACGUAAAUUCAGCUUUUACUUAUUUAAGACGACACAUCCCAUACGAAAAUCGCCAUAAACGACUUUCAAAAGUGAAAACCUUAAGAAUAGCAAUCGACUACAUUCAAUCUCUUCAAAGUCUUAUAUCGGAGCACGAUCAAACUUUACCAUCAAAAGAAAAUUCAGCAGAAACCUGGAAAAAUAUGGAAGUGAACAAUACGCCGCCAGCACCUCUCCAUCAACUACCAGCACCUUCUCAUUUAAUGCCUGCCGCACAUUCUUACUGGUCACUUGCGUACUCAAGAACUGUUCAGCAGCCCCUCGCUCCAACUCAACUCCAAUCCUACUUAUCAUGACUCUUCUCAUCUUCAUCUUCUUUAUCUUUUUUCGUCUUAACUUUUUUCCACUUCAUAAAAAGAAUUGAGAAUACAAAACAUUGUUUAAUCAAAAUCGUCCUUUAAUUAAGUAUAUUACAUAACAACGCAGGAAAAGAACGCCUUGGUGCCGGUUGCACGCGCCAUUGCUCGCGAGAUCAAUUUGCG